AUGUGUAAUUGUUCAAAAAAAGAAUAUGCAACAGAAUUAAGAAAACCAUGUAUUCCAUGUUUGAUGCAACCACGAUUUAGACCAUAUGGAUGGCUUGGAAUUAUCAAAGGAGCUAAACUUCAUGUCGAUUUUGCAACAUUACCUUUUGAAGAGGCAUUUGCAUUACUAAUUCGUGAAAUAGAAAUAAUAAGACGAGAUAUUAUAGUGAAAAAUACUUGCAAUGCUACAUAUGAUAAAACGAAUCCACCUUUUUAUUAUCAACAUGGUGAUGGCUUUACGUCUGCUAAUAGCAAUUAUGUUGAUAAUGAUUUGAAUCGUAAAUGUCCAAGUUGUGUAGAGAAGAUUAAUGUAGCCAUGAGCUGGGAUGUAAGUAAAGUUAAACAAUGGUUGGAACGCAUUGAAUUAUCUCACUUAGAAACCGCUUUAAUUGAUGUUGAUGGAAAAUUACUAUGCACAUUACAUAAAAUGAAACAAUCAUCUGCAGAUUCAUACUACAAAUUUCUUGAUAAACAUUUUGAUCGUAUCCAAGCAGCACAAAUGAGUGAUACACUCAAGUUCGAUUAUGAACUUGAACGUCUUUUUCAAUAG